AUGUCGUCUCCGCUCAAGAGAAUGUUUUCUAUGAAGAAGGACACUGCUCCCAGUGGCCCGUUAGAGGAGCCUGCUGCCAAGUCAAGCGACUGCAAGAAGGAGAAGAAGAUUCUGGAACUGAAGCUUGAGAUCACGGAGCUGAAACGUGAGAUCAAGGUGCUGAGCGGAUGUCGCGAUGACGCGAUAAACGCCGAGCAUACAGUCGCGGAACAGUGGAGUCGCCUCACAAGUGCCCUUGAAGUCUUGCAAGACCUGGACAAGCAGCUCGGGUCAACCUAUGACCGAAAGGGAAUUGAAAAGGCCAUCAUGGAUGCGACCACUAAACAGGACGUGCUUGGUUACAAGAGACAUGAGGCCCUCAAGAAGGUCAACCAGGCUGAGCAAGAGAUUGCAGGAUGCCGGGACACCAUCGAAAGGCACGCCAGCACACUCAAGGCCUACAUUAAGUCUCGAGUCGACUAA